GCAGUUUCGAUGGCAUGGUCAAAGCCGCUGUCACCUCGUCCCUUCAGGCUGCCAUUGACCCGAUCUUCAAGACCUUGGAUGUGCUGCGCCAGCAGGGUGCGGGGCACGCCCAGGCUGACGACCAGAAGAUCAUGUCCGCGAUUCGCCCCCAGCUUGACCAGCUCGCCAGGAGAUUCCAGAUGCAGCCGGAUGCGCUCACCAAGCGCGUCUCUGAAUCGGAGCAUGCCUUGGGUGAACAUGAACGACAGAUCCUGGCUAUGCAGAAAGAGAUCCCUGACAUCCGCAAGCAAGUGGAGCUCGACAAGGGCGUUCGUGACGAGAUCGGCCCUUUCCUUGCCGAGCUGGAUGUCCGCGAAGAUGACUGCGACAUCCGCGCGCUCACCCCCGCCCCUGCCAAGAAGUUCUCGAUCACCUUCAAAGGUGCGGUUGGAGCGGCCCCCCGCAAAGUCCAGCGAGUCCUGGGCAGCUUGCGGAGGGGCGGCCAGCGGAGGGAAUUCCGCUGCGCCGUCCAAGGGGCCGACCCCGCUCGACUGCACCUCGGCCCCGGCAGGAGUCCCAAGCAAGUCCGCGCCGAGAUUCUCCCGCGCAAGAUCGGCAAUUCCUUCGGCGAUUCCUUCCCCCAGCGGCGGUGGUUCGUCGACCGCGAGAGGGGCGUCCUCAAGGCUCACUUCAUUGACGUUCUCAAGGUUGAGGCCCACCCUGGCGACGAGCCCUCCACGAUCCACUGGAACGAUGUGGGCUUCGCG